AUGGGAGGUCUGAAGAGAUAUUAUAAAACACCAGGAAUCAGUGAAAACAAGACAGAGAAUUUAUUGACCAAACUCAACAGUCAAAUAAAUCAUACCAUACAGUCUCUACAGACUGAACUUUGCUUCUAUAUACAGGCAACAGAAGAGGAUAAUAUAUUAGGAACAGUGGCGGAGCCAGGUUUACGUCCAAGAGGGGAUCUGAAAGAUGAAGAUGUAAAAAAAUUAUCAUGGAUACUGUCAACUCCAUUCCAAGAGAGUAACUUUACAUCACAACCUCAAAUUAUUGUCGAAAAUAAUCAUCAUCUUGCUGUUGAAAUAGGACCAAG